CGAAUUUUAUAAUCACGUGAUUAGCUGCAGCCAUGAUGGACGGUUUGGAUGACGGGCCCGACCUUUUGGAAGGGGACCAGGAAAACAAGCCAAGAUCUGAGACGGUAGAUUUGUCAACAGAUACAUCCCUACAAGUUGACAUUUCUGAUGCUUUAAGCGAGAGAGACAAAGUCAAGUUUACUGUUCACACAAAGACUUCUUUGCAAAAGUUUAAAGAGGGAGAGUUUUCUGUGGUACGGCAGCAUGAGGAGUUUAUCUGGCUACACGAUCGCUAUGUGGAGAAUGAAGAAUAUGCUGGUGUUGUCAUACCUCCCGCUCCACCACGCCCAGACUUUGAUGCAUCACGGGAAAAGUUACAGCGACUGGGAGAAGGGGAAGGCACAAUGACCAAGGAAGAGUUCACCAAGAUGAAACAAGAGUUAGAGGCUGAAUAUCUUGCCACAUUCAAGAAAACAGUUGCCAUGCAUGAAGUGUUUCUCCAACGAAUAGCUGGCCACCCUUUACUCAGAACUGAUGUCAACUUUGAAGUUUUCCUAGAAUACGACCAAGAUUUAAGUGUUCGAGGGAAGAAUAGAAAAGAGAAGAUUGGAGGUUUCUUCAAAGGUCUUACCAAAACAGCUGAUGAGGUGUUACUGUCGUCACAAAAGGAUGUUGAUGAUUUCUUUGAAAAAGAAAAAGGAUUUUUGGUGGAAUACCAUGUUAAAAUCAAGGAUGCUACUUUGAAGUCGGAUAAAAUGACACAAGCACAUAAAACUGUAGCAGAUAAUUAUAUUCAGAUUUCCUCAGGGUUUGUACAGAUGGCCACAAUAGAGAAUACAGAAUUGGACAAGGUGUUUACAAAAGUAGCAGAGACAUUAGAAAAAGCAAGAAAGUUGGAGGGUCGUGUGUCCUCGGAUGAAGACUUGAAGUUAAGUGACACCCUCCGAUAUUACAUGAGAGAUUCAGCUGCUGCCAAGGACCUCCUCUACAGACGAACACGAUCUCUCGCUGACUACGAGUCGGCCAACAAAGCCUUAGAAAAAGCUAGAACUAAAAACAAAGACGUUCCACAGGCUGAAAAACAUCAAACACAAUGUUGUGAGAAAUUUGAAAAGAUAUCAGACGUAGCUAAAAAAGAAUUAACAGAAUUUAAGGGACGUAGGAUACAGUACUUCAGGAAGAAUUUGGUGGACUUAGUAGAACUAGAACUAAAGCAUGCGAAGGCACAAGUACAACUUCUAAAGAACUGUAUAUCAGCCAUGAAAGAAGAAGCGUAAAGUGUCUUCGCAGUGUGGUGAUGUGAAUGUGAUAUGUGGGUUAAGUUACCUGGCAAAUGUCCCAGAUCAUGGCUGUAGGACAUUGCCAGAUUGUUAACAUUUCAUCGAGUAAAUUAGUGCUAUGGCAAAGUGUGAUGAACGAACAUGUCUGCAGGUGUCUUAAAAUUUAUUUGUAAAACCACUGCUUUUAGAAUUAACUAUUCGGUACAAAUGUCUGUGUUUAUUUUGAUACGCAGUUUGUAUAUUAGUGAUAUGCAUCUGUUGACACACAUUCUUCUGCAUAGAUUAUAAACUAAAGUGCAUUUUCUACAUCGCAAUUGUCCAAUGUUAGUGUCACACUUAAUAUUUGUGAAACAAUAUAUUGGUGUUCUUUUUGAUGUGCAAUUAUUGGUUGGAUCCAUUUAAUGGAUUUCUAACUAAUUGAUAACUUAAAUUUAAUAAAACACUUAAUUUCUGUGUUAAUUAGCAUAUAUGUUGAUGAACAUUUAGUGAAAUAUACCUACAGAUAGUGAAUCGUCAACAAGAAAUCGAAGAAGUGAUUACAAAAACACUGAUGUUUUGUAAUAUAAAAUGCAUCUUAUAAAUUGUUGAAAUACGAUUGAAAACAAUAAUGACAAAAGUAGGAUGGUCUCAUGACUGUAGCUGGUUAUUUAAGAAACUGGCAAUAUCUACAUUGUUAGGAAGGAUAAUGGAAUAAUUUCAGAUAACAUUGUUUAAAAAAAUCAAAAUAUACCAAUGAGCACAAUUCUACAGGUAUCAAGUCUUCAUAUUUGAAGAAUUACACAUUUGCUAAACAUUCAUUAUAUACAAAAACACUCACAUAUAUACGAUGUACAAUUUUUAUUUUGUAUGUAUGAUUUAUACUCCUAGCACCUAUUAUACAUAAACAUUCAUCACUACUGUCUUAACUUCAGGAACUAUUUUUUUAUUUCCUUCAGUUCAGUGAAUAUGUGGGCGAAACAGAAAUGAAAGUCAAAACAUGCUGAUAACACAGGGACCAGAGAAUAUGUCAACAUUAAAAAAACUUAAAAUGUUCAUCUUUAUUUUGCUAUCAUUACCACUACAUGUGUUUGCUGAGAAAAGCGUGAGCUGCAGAUUUGAAGAAUAAAUCAACAAAUCCAGGCCAUUUGGGCCUUUUCUUUUGUGCUCAUUAUCAUUAUCCUCCUGAGAAGGCCUUAUGACUUUAUACUGUGGCUUGAUAUAGAGUAGAUUUAGUUUAGGAGAGAUCAUGCUUCAUUACGUUUGUGAAAUACUCUUUUGUUUCUUGAAAUUGAAAAUUGUGUAUGUGUCGUAACUAAUUUGUAUAAUUUCUGUGUCCAUUCCAUUUACAUUUGAUAUAUAUGUACAUGUAGCAUUGUUUUUUAAUGACUGUAUGUCGGAUGUACGGUAAGUUUUGGUUACAUAUAUAUAUACUGUAAUUAUUUCUUUGUACAAAGACUGUCUUGAAUGUUUAUUUUCCCUCCAUAUCAACUGAGAAAUAUAUGGUAAUCUGUACAGAUACAUCAUUAUAAUAUCAUAUAUACUCAUCAAUGACUAUUUAUAACUAGAAGUCUAUGUACAAUAUUUUGUCAACAUCUUUUUUAAUCUACCCCUAAGCUAUUAUGAUAUACCCAGUGUAUAAAAAACAUUCAUGCUAUGUUUGGUUUGGCAUUUCUUCCUGUCGAGGGGGUAAAAUUUGAUAAUCCAUACAUUUUUUUCUGUUAAGCUAAAACAUUUAUUCUAUUGAUCAUUGAUUAGUAAUUUCCUUCUCUUUGGCUUUAGUAGGUGUUAGGUACUUUUUUCUUGUUAGGUUGUUUACCAGUUAUGUAGAUCCAAGUUCACAUCAAGUAGAUGCAAGAUGUUUGGUUGUUUAUAGAUAUUCAGUUACUAAGGUAUACAGGUAGUUGAGAUACUGGUACAACAUUCUUGGCUCUUCAAGUCUAGACAUCAGAAAAGUGUCAAAGUCGUUUUUAUCUUUUCUUUUUAAGAUUAUGUAAAGAGAUUGUGUAUUUAGAACUUGGAAAAGUGGUAAGAUUAUCGAAACUUAGCUGAAAUAUUUUAUCUAGAAUUAUAGUUGAUAAUGAUCUAGCAUAUGUUUACAUUUAAAUGAGAGUAUGAAACAAAAAUAUACAUGUACAUGUAGAUGUAUUCACCCCAUUGUAGGGAAGGUUUAAUCAGAUUACUGUUACAGAUAAAAGGUUCCUCAAACAAUAUUUAUAAGGCCUUCACCCUAUAAAUAUCUAGUCUUUUUCUGUUAGAUUUUCCCUGUUUUGUUAAAUUGGAAUACAUAUAAUAUUAAUAUAUAUAUAUAAUAUACACAGGUGUGCACUGUAUAAUAACAGUACCGUAUGAAUGGGUGAUUAAAUGAGAGGUCAUGAAUCCAA